AUGGAGAAAGCCUCGUCUUUUCAGCCUUUAGCAUUUUUAUUAACAUCUCUUCACCUUCUAGCAACUUGCAGCUUGGCCAUGAACAUCAGCACUGAUCAAUCUUCUCUGCUUACCUUGAAAGCCCAUAUCACUUCAGACCCUCAUCACAUUCUCUCCACAAACUGGUCUUCUUCUACCUCUGUUUGUAACUGGAUAGGAAUCACUUGCGGAUCUCGUCAUCUAAGAGUGACUGUGGUGAAUAUUUCAGACAUGGGCUUUACUGGUAUCGUCCGGCCACAACUUGGCAACCUUUCUUUCCUUGUUUCGAUUGAUCUAAGCUACAACAAUUUCCAUGGUGAACGUCCACCAGAGUUCUCUCGUUUGCGGAAAUUGAGAGUCAUUGAUCUUAGUUUCAAUAACUUCACUGGAGAAAUUCCUAAAUUUCUGGGUGAUUUUCAACAGAGGCGGAUCUAG